UAAUAUCGGUAUCUUAUCAUUUAUUUAUCUUCGCCCGAACGAAUGUGUGUAUAUGUCUCUGUUUACUCUUUUCUACCUACCUUUCUUUAUAUAUCUAUCAAUCUAUCUAUCUAUUUAUUUGUUUAUCUGUCUAUCUAUCUAUCUAUCGACCUACCUACCUACCUACCUACUCACCUACCUGUCUAUUUUUUCUAUCUCUCUAUCUUCCCAACAACCGAUCUGUUACUUGACUGUCUUUCUGCCCAAGAGAGUAGCCAUGCCCGUGUGCCUGUGCCUGUGUGUAAGUCUGUCGGGGAAGUAACUGAAAAGAAAAAAAAAAUUGAAACACCUUCCCUAAUUUAGGAUAAAUUAUUGAAAUCAAGAACAUCUGAAAUAAUAGUAAUAAUGAUAAUAAUGAUAACAAAAUAUUCAGUAAUCAGAAAAAAGAAGAAGAAAAAAAACUUUUUUUUUUUAUCACCGGAAAGCAUUGGUCCUGUGCGCGCUGUACGACAGGCACUGAGGCUUGUAACGUAAUGAACAGUAAUUUUUCGUCAUUCUGAGUGGUUACAGUUGACUGAAUUAGUGCCCAUUAACGUUUAGUUGUCAACUGGGUAGCAUUUUUUUUAAAUAAAUGGCAUAGAAAAUUAUAAGUAGGCCUAUUGAUUGAUCCAAGUUGCUAUGACCUCAUUUCCAAGUAACGUAUUUGAUGAGUUCAAUAUACAUGACUGCUGAGACACCUCUAGACUUUGGUGUGUAAAAGUACAAUAGGUGAAUGAGUACUAGAGCCUAGAUCGGGUAGUAGUAGCAUGACAGGUGAUUCGCAGCCCUUAAACGAUGCACAGCCACUCUACAGCUCAUCAAUGGCUUCCCCUUCCUUCACUGCCCAGGAUGGAGACGCCUCGGACACUGGCCAUUCAUAUUCACACUUAUACGACACCACCUCUUGUUUUUUAUGCCAAAGCAACCAAAACUCGAUGGUAAGUUUUAGCUUCAUGAUGAGGACUCAGUUGGGAGCCCUGUUCACCGUGUAGACAGGAAGCCCCUCACGUCCCUUUACCUCCAACUCGUUUUUUUCUUUUCUUUCUUUCUUUUUUUGGCUCUUGUGAUUUUUUUCUGUUUUUUGAGAAACUUUAGUCUAUAUGUGUAUGUUCUUUCGUGUUAGAGCAGGGUUGCCAGCUGGUCUUUUCUGAGUCCCAACCCUCCCUGCUAUGUCACAAUAGCAGUUCUGCACUCGUUCGUAGGAGAAGGUACUCGUGUUGCUGUUCUUGUGUGCUCUGGUAAGAUCCCAUUCAUACUCUCCCGGUAGCCGUGAAAUGGGCUCAGCAAUUACCUAGUUUCUCCGUAGAAAUGUUCUGCACAAUAUCUAAACCUCACCACUUGUCAUCCACGGCAAUGUAAGUUCAGUAUCUGUAAAGUCUUCACUUAAAUCAUAGAGGCCCAAGCGUGACGCUAAAUGGAAACAAGAGAAGGUGACUAGUACUAAGUGUUGAUGUUAUGUAUGGCUAGAGGCCCAGUGGAGCAGGCCUGGGCGAGUGGACUGGGCACUUAGGCACCGCCGGGGCGUCUCCUGACCAUGGGUAGGCCUCGGCUUCAUUACUCUGCAUGGCCCCUUUUCUCCUCACGUCUGGAUAUGAAUGAUAAACUGUUUUCUUCUAAUAUCUGUAUCUGUCUAACUUUAGCUAUCAUAUUCGCAAGAGCUGUGUUUAUGCCCAAAGAGAGUGUCAAGUUUGAAGUAAGCGAGAAGGUAAGGUCCGGUAGGAACGCGGAGCGAAUUGGAGGGUCAAAAUCUUCAUCUGACCAUCCAAUGGCUCGUGGCUGUCCAUCUUUCUCUCAUGUCAUCUGUUGGGUCUACUUUCAGUUAUGUUCCGUGUUUCCUGCAUUAUGGAAAUCGGCCGAAGCCUUUUCAAAUUUCCCAUUUGCGAGUCUCAACCCGGAGUUCUCCCUCAACAUCUCGGACGAUCCCAAGGAAGGACACAGCAACCUCAUCGAGAGAGCAGAGAUCGCCCAGCUUGUGAGGUCCCGGAUGCAGAGUCUUGGUCUUCCCCCGGAGGACUAUGACGAUGUCUCCGAGAAGCGCAAUUCCCUGUCCUUUGUUAUCAUCAACCCUUCUUGUGAUCUCAAACUGGAAGAAGGCGAUAUAGUGUACCUCAUCAGACCGAGUCCGUUCUCGGCGCAGAAGACCUUCGAGCGACACAACUCAAGACGAAAGUCCAACAUUUCCCUUUGUGAUACUCGGCGUCGAAGCACGACCUUCUCGCGGCCGCCGCCCCUGACGUCAGCGCCCAAGUCGAACUCGCUAAGCCUACCGGACAGUCCGCAGAUCUCUCCAGGUCCUUUCCUAACGUCCCCAUUAGAGUCCCUUCACGUCCCCAUGUCCCCCAAAACAGGAUUUGUCCGGGGACGCUCAAACUCUUUGCGCGUCGACGACAUUCUCAUGAGGCGCUCGAACUCGCUGCGCUUCGGGCUCGAGGCCACGCGCAAGAUCAACAGCUUCGAGGAGCUCGGCAUCAGCCCCAUCACGCCGCUGACCCGCGACGAGCGCACUGGCUCCAUCAAGAUCCCCGUCAACGGCUCCAUCGGCCUCGAGGUCACUCCGCCUGAGGAGUGCGGAUCCGAAGCCUCCGUACCUUCUAUCCAGCUCCAAGGCACCAUUGUCUGACCACCGCCAUCGCCUCGACCGGCGCGGGUUUGGUUCCACAUGGGCGGCGUUCGCGGCUACUCGCCCAGCCGCACGCAGAGACUCUGACAGCCAGCGGCCUCCCGCCCUGCGCGCCGCUCGUCUCUCGGGCCGCUGUCGUGGCCGCAGGCGCAGUAACGGGGGGAGGCCGAGGAAAGGGAAGCGGUCGCGUUGACCCUCAGUCGUUUUUCGAUUUCGAAAAUCUAAAAUGCCUCCGGUGAUGUUCUAAGUGCUUUGUUCCGAUUGCAUUUCUCUUUGACAAUAUCCAAGGUUUUGGGGCAUUGGGUACAAACGUAGGGUGAGGUCAGUUUUUUAGUGAAUUACGCAUAUUACAAAUCGCUUUGCUUGUGUGAGUGAAUGGAAGUGACGAGAAGAAAAGUGCGGAUUCAGAUAUUAUUUUUGUUUAGAUUUAAGUCCUUGAAACACAAAUGACUUUAGAAUUUGAAUGUAAGGAUAUAUGAUUGCCAACACGACGGACUUUACCUUCUGUGAAGGGUUAUUGCGCCCUACAUCGUGAUAGCCACAAAGCUCCUUGUUUCACUGUGAGCCUCUCGUGUUUGGUGCUCUGAGACUCUGUGGCUCAUAUGAUGAUCCAAGUUGUUGUUUUUGGAAAAGAAAAUGAGACUCGAAGAAUUCUGCUUCUGAACGAUAUGAUCAAAAUGAUUCGUGAAAUCCAAUUUUCUGAGAAUAUAGCAAACGAUAUGCGAACAAAGACCCAGUGUUUGUUAUAUAAGCUCAACUACGUUUUCCUUGCGAAGUUAGAACAUGAACUGAACAUUUAACUGAUGUGUUUAUCAAAGCUGUACCUUUCCUUUCCCCGCUUUAUUUACCGUUGGAUUCUUUCGGAACGCCUUUCAGUUCCACGUCAGCACACUUGUUGGUAUUCCAGACGAGCAAUAUCUUUCAGCCACGUUCAAGAGAGGCUUUAUCCCCCAGGCCCCACGUGGCAUUUGAGUUCAUAACAAUCAGAUUUUACUCUCACCCUCACUCUGAGUUUAUGAAUAUA